CUAAUUCUAAAGAGAUAAUACUUAAUUCAUUCUACUUACUUACAAUAUAUAAAAAUGUUUUCGAUAAUGGAAUUUUUACGUUCCCUUAUAGCAAUUUUUUUAUUGCAAUUUGGAAUUAUUUUAUUGGCAAAAUUCGUCGUAUUACGUAAAAAACAAAACCAGACCAAUAAACUACCAAAUUUACCACAUCCACGUCCAUUUCCGUUUAUAGGAAAUUUGUUACAAUUGAGAACUCGACCAUUAGAAAAACUUAAUAAAUGGAGGAAGGAAUUUGGUCCAAUUUAUAGUAUAGAAUUAGGACAAAGACAUUUUAUUGUAUUAAAUAAUCAUGAAGUAGUAAAUGACCUUAUAGUAAAAUGUGGUUCAUUAUAUUCUUCAAGAUAUAAUUUUCAUAAUACAAAUUCUAUUUUGAUUAAAAGUAAUUUAAUCGCUUUAACUCCUUAUGGUGAUAAAUGGAAAAGAGAUAGAUCUAUUGCUUAUAGUGCUCUUACUUCUCGUCCUAUUAAAGCUUAUUAUAAAUAUAUUUAUAAUGAUUCAGAUAUCCUUCUUAAAGAUUUAAUGAUGAAAAAUGGUGGUUCUAUUUACCCUUUACAACUUAUUAAAAAAUUUGUUUUAUCAAAUAUGUUGAAUAUUUUAUUUGGUGGUCAAUCAGGUCAAGAUGUCGACUUUUUUAAUGAUGUUAUGGAAGUCAUGGAUGAUAUAUCCGAAUUUUCUUCUCCUAAAAGUAUUAUAUAUGAUAUUAUGCCCGCUUUAAAUUUCGUGUAUAAACCAAAUACCGAUAAAGCAGAAAGAUUACAUAAAAGAAUGGAACAAAUCUUUUCUUCAAAAUAUGAUCGAUUCUUAAGGGAUUAUGCUCAAAAUAAUCAAGAUAAUAAACUUCCACCAAGUUUUCUUUUACAAAUUCAAGAUGCGAUUGCCGAAAAAGAAAAUAAUACCAUAGAAUAUCAUGAAAUCUGGGAAAUGUUGAUUGGUUUACUUAAUGGAGCUAUGGAAACUGAAGUAAAUACUUUAAUGUGGACGUUAGCAUGUUUAGCAAUUAAUCCUGGAGUACAAGAAGAAGCUUUUCAAGAAAUAGAUGAAUUAUGUAAAAACAAACCAACUUUUGAUGAUGAAGCGGAUUUACCAUAUAUUAGCGCUAUUAUUAAUGAAUCAUUAAGAUAUAGACCUCCUACCCCUUUUGGUUUUGCUCAUGUUUCUAACAAAGAUGAUGAAUAUAAUGGUUGUUUUAUACCAAAAAAUACUCCUAUAUUAUUAAAUUUAUUUGCCAUAAAUCAUAAUGAAAGAAGAUUUAUUACCCCUGAAAAAUUUCGUCCUUCUCGUUUCUUACAAAAUUAUUCUACUGGUUCAGUUAAAAGUAAAAGUAUUUUAUUACCUCAAUUUGAUUUUGAUUCAGGUAUUGAAGCUGAAAUGCGAAAUAAGAGAAAUUCAUUAAAAGGUUUGUUGAAAAAUAAUAGUCCUUCAUUAACUAAUUCUUCUAUGCCUAUGCAUAUGAGUUUCGGUGCUGGAAGACGUUAUUGUAUUGGUCAACAUUUGGCUCAAAAACAACUAUUCCUUGCUAUCGCUUAUAUUCUAUGGGCCUUAUAAAGUUAGAUUUGUAUUAAGGAAAGAUAUUGGUCUUUUAAUAUAAAUUAUAUAUAUAUAUUUUUUUUUUCCGGAAUUUUUUCUCUUUAGAGUGAUUUGGUACUGAUUUGGUGCGUAAA